CCCCCGCGCGGCCGCCGCUGCUCGCCAGCCCUGCGCCGUGCUGGAGAGCGCAGUGGCGGCGGCGGGAAAGGGCUGCGGAAUCGCGGCGCUGCGUCUCACACUCGACGACGCGGCCUCGGCCUCGACGCCCUCCGCCCGUUCCCGGAGCAGAUAUUUUAUUCAUGGGAAAGAGAUGCCCUGUAUAAUGGACCUGAGUAUUCCAGGUACCGAAAUGUAAGAAGACAUUACGUUGGAUAACAGGAAGAGCUGUAGAGUUUGCAGGUGUCAACUGUGGCCUUAAUAAGCACAUUGAUAGCAUCAGUGAUAGACAGAUGGCUCAUGUGGCUGGUGGCUGCCAUAUUGACAUUGCAGUCCUGGAAGAUGGAGAGAGCUAUGACACAAUAAAUUUGAUUAAAAGGUCCUAUUACUGCUGGAUUGUGCAAGAUAUUUAACCCUAUUUUCUUUGAGGUAUGACUUAAAUAUCAAAUGUCUUAAAUAAGAGAAGGGAAACAUUUUAGUUUUGGAAGUCAGAAUGCCAAGGAGAAGGAAAAAUCUUGGGGGAAAUCCUUUUCGGAAGACUACAAACUCUAAGGAAGUUGUAUCCAGCGUUGCUAGUCAUGAGGAGCCAACCACUACUCUUCCUUCCAUGUGUGAGACAAAAGUUGAUCAGGAAGAACUCUUCACCAGUAUCUCAGAGAUGUUUUCUGAUCUGGAUCCUGAUGUAGUGUAUUUGAUGCUUUCUGAAUGUGAUUUCAAAGUUGAAAAUGCCAUGGAUUGUCUAUUAGAAUUAUCAGCCACUGACGCUAAAAUAGAAGAAUCGCCUUCAAAAAGCUUCGUUGCUUCUGAGAACCAAGUAGAUGCAGUGGGAUGUGAAAUAAUGGAAAAGUGUCCUCCUGAAGAAGAGAAUGAAGAUUCAAAAAUGGAUUCAUUUUUGGACAUGCAGCUAACUGAAGACUUAGAUUCCUUAAUACAGAAUGCUUUUGAGAAAUUGAACUCUUCUCCUGAUGACCAUGCAUACUCAUUUUUGCCUUUGCGAGAUGUUAAUAAUUUUAGUAACCCGAGUGCAUUUAUAAAUUCAGAUUCAAGUAGUACGACUCCCAUUCUUUCUACCCAAAAUAUGGAUUUGAACAGUGAAAAUGUAGAGAGUUCUGCCUCUACAUUAAGUUCAAAUUCCUUAACUUCACAUUCACUUUCAAAUGAGUCCAAAACUUUUACAAAGGAUAACACAUUGGCAUUGGAAGAUUCUCUUCUCAGUAGUUCUUUAAAUGUAGCAAAUGACACUACGAUGGAUUGUAGUAACCAAAUUAAAGAGCUUUUAGAAUCUGUGUGUGUUGAGACUCAGUUCUCUCAAGCCCCUGUAGAUUUGGAUGCCAACGAACUUCAGGCGCCUUUAAACCUUACUGUGCAAAAUCUGGGGCUUGGUUUACUAGGUACAGGUGGAGAUCAGAAAUCUUCUGUCCCUGAUGUUUUUGUACCUUCUGAAGAAUUCAAUUUCCAGUCACACAAACAGACUGAACUGCCACCAAAGGGGAAGGAUGUGAACUACUGCCCAGUACUUACCCCUCUCCCUCUACUGCUGCCUCCUCCUCCCCCUCCACCAAUGUGGAAUCCAAUGAUUCCUGCUUUUGACCUCUUUCAAGGAAACCAUGGCUUUGUAGCUCCUGUUGUAACCACAGCUGCACACUGGAGACCUGUCAACUAUACAUUUCCACCGCCGGUUAUUUCUCAUACUUCCCCAACAAAGGUAUGGAGAAAUAAAGAGGGAACAAGUGCUUAUCAGGUACAAGAAACUCCAGCUUCUCAGGUUGUAAGAAAGAAGACAUCAUCUUAUGUUGGACUAGUUCUUGUUCUUCUCAGAGGGCUUCCGGGAUCAGGAAAAUCUUUUUUGGCAAGGACUUUGCAAGAGGAUAAUCCAAGUGGAGUCAUUCUUAGUACUGAUGAUUAUUUUUACAUAAAUGGACAAUACCAGUUUGAUGUAAAAUACUUAGGAGAAGCACAUGAAUGGAACCAGAAUCGUGCAAAAGAAGCAUUUGAGAAGAAGGUAUCUCCUAUAAUAAUAGAUAAUACAAAUCUACAGGCAUGGGAAAUGAAGCCAUAUGUUGCUUUGUCUCAAAAACAUAAAUAUAAAGUCCUUUUCCGGGAACCGGAUACCUGGUGGAAAUUCAAACCAAAGGAACUUGCAAGGCGUAAUAUUCAUGGGAUAAGCAAAGAAAAAAUAACAAGAAUGUUGGAACACUAUCAACGUUUUGUUUCAGUGCCCAUAAUCAUGAGUUCUUCAGUUCCAGAGAAAAUGGAACGUAUCGAGUUGUGUGCAUAUUCUUGUGACAGAAGUAUUAGCCCAAGAGACAAUGAAGAUAUUGCCUCUGAAAAAGAAGAAAAUGUUUUAUCCUCGUCUCUGAAGCAUCCAGAGUUAAUUGAAGAGAAGAAACAUGAUGUGACCAAAGAAAAUUUGUUACCUGAGAAUGUUACAUGUCUCCCUAAUGCAGAUUUAAACAACGGAAAAAAAGAAAUAAGUGGUAUGAAUCCUAACAUUCAGAGUGCUUUCAUUCACGAAGCUCCAGACAUUUAUUUUUCUGAUUCUGAAAGCAAAGAACAAGCAACAGACAAACAUGAAAAAGAAGAGCCAGUAGAAAUGGCUCCUGAAAAAGAGUGUAGUAAAACCAGUGCAGAUAGUUUUGUAGAGAGAAUAUCACCAAGUAUUUGCUGUGGUGGAAAUAAUCAAGAAGACUGUGGUCUUUCAAAUACUGUACCACUUCAAAAUGAAAAAUCUUCAUCUAGUGAAACGCUGGAAGAAAGAGCAGGAGUAAAGAAAAAAGCCUUUGGAAAACAAAAAAGUAAAUCAACUUCGGAAAAGUUCCCAAGACAAGAGCUGUCUUUUGUUGGUGACUGGCCAGUUGAUAAGUCUAUCGGUCAGAGGACAAAAAGGAACCGAAAAACUGAGAAAGCUUUAUCUAUACACAGUGACAAAAAGUAUAAUUGCCCUCAUUCACAUAAAGUAUUAGACAGUAGUUUAUCUGUGAGUAUAGAUUGUAUCCAGCCACGAGGAUCUCCACAUGAACACGUAGAGGAUGACAGCAAGUCACAGUGUGAUGAUGCCUCAGAAUCUUUCAAUAGCUGUAAAUAUGGUACUUAUAAAAAUACUGAAAAAGACUCAUUUAACAUUGUGGGUGACUGGCCUUCAUCUGAUUCUUUAGCUCAGAGAGAGCACAGAUCAAGAAUGCCAAAGGCUGGCUUCAAUGAACCCAACCUAGAAUUUGGAACUAACAACAGUAUGAAUGAAAUGUCCUUAUAUACAGCACGUGAGGCCUGUUGGGGCACAAGCCCUGAAGAACUAAAAACGUUGGGUAGUUCUACUCGAGGAAGUUCUGAAAUGCUGCCCAAUGAAAUGACCUGUGAGAAUAAAACUUGUCCAAGUAAAAAGAUUCAUAGGCAACACACAUUGUCUCUUACUUUUACCAAUAGUGUGCCAACUGCUCCUGGAGGAGUGGGACCACAAACUUCAGCUGAAUUUCAAGAAGAAAAGACUAAAGAAGUCCCUGGAAUAGAAGUAGGCAAGUGUACUCAGACUGAACCACAGGAUUUUGCUCUCUUAUGGAAAAUAGAAAAGAAUAAAAUUAGUGUUUCAGAUUCUCUGAGAGUAUUAACAGGAAGAUUAGAUGGAUUUAAACCGAAAGCUUUCAGUAUUAACACAAAAUUAGAUGUUCAAGAAACAAUUCCAUAUAGGGUAAUGUAUGACAAAAGCACAUAUGUUGAAGAAAGUGAGCUUACCAGUGCUGAUGAAUCUGAAAAUCUUAACAUUCUUUGUAAACUAUUUGGAUCGUUUUCAUUAGAAGCCCUAAAAGACCUAUAUGAGAGGUGUAACAAAGAUAUUAUUUGGGCCACGAGCCUUUUAUUGGAUUCUGAAACUAAAUUAUGUGAGGAUACUGAAUUUGAGAAUAUAGAAAAGUCAUAUGAUGAAACACAAAUUGGGCCAUUUUCUCUGGGACUGAAUUUGAAGGAAAUUAUUAGCCAAAGAGGAAGCUUAGAGGAGUCUAAUUCUUCUGUGCCAGAAUUUAGCCAUGGAAUUGGUAUCAGUAACACUAAUGUACAGUCCACCUGUAAUUCAGAAAAGGAAAGCUUAGAGCAGGCAGAAAUAAGAGCUGUAACUACUGAAAAACCUGGAUUAAUAACAGGUAUAUUUCCUAAUGUAGAUCUCAAGAAUAAUAAUGAAGUACUUCCUAAUAGUCAGGCAGAACUUUCAGGUUUAUAUAAUGUUAAGCAGCUUUUUCCAGGCACUCUAAAAGCUACUACCACUAAAAAUGUGAGUGAAAUGGAGAAGAAUCCAGAAGUCACUGAGAUUGGAGACAGUAUAAAUUCUUCUUUGAAUUUGUCUGAUAUUUUAAAUUCUGUGUCGAGCACUUCGGAUCUUGAAUUACAUGAAGAAAUUUAUUUUACUGACUCUUUUGACAUAAAUAAAAGUGAAAAUCUUCCAAAGGAUUAUGUGAAAUUUCCAAACACAGAAGAAUUUAUGAAUGAAGAUGAACAGGAAGUGGAAAAAAUUCUAAUGGCAGGGAGUGCUUUGUCAGCUGAAGUUACUGAAGAAGAUAAAACUGAGACGUUGAAUCCCACGCCAGUGAUGGCCAAAUCGCUGACCAUAGACUGCCUGGAAUUGGCAUUGCCCCCUGAACUGGCUUUUCAGCUCAAUGAAUUAUUUGGCCCUGUUGGUAUUGAUUCAGGGUCCCUAACAGUUGAGGACUGUGUGGUUCAUAUAGAUCUGAAUCUGGCUAAAGUGAUUCAUGAAAAAUGGAAAGAAUCUGUAAUGGAGCGACAAAGACAAGAAGAGGUAUCCUGUGGCAAAUUAAUGCAAGAUCCUUCCCUGGUUGGGCGUGUUGGUCUUGAUAAUCCAGAACAAAAAUCAUCUCAGAGAACGGGCAAAAAAUUACUGAAGACUUUAGCAGCACCUGAAAUGCAACCCUUAUUGGAUCAUUGGAACACUCAUACUAAAAAAGUAUCACUCAGAGAAAUAAUGUCAGAAGAAAUUGCCUUACAGGAAAAGCAUGAUUUGAGAAGGGAGCCGCUUAUAUUUGAAAAAGAUUGUGCCACUAAACUAAAGGAGAAGCAGCUCUUUAAGAUAUUUCCAGCCAUUAACCAAAAUUUUCUGGUGGACAUUUUCAAGGACCACAACUAUUCGUUAGAACACACAGUGCAAUUUCUAAAUUGUGUUCUUGAAGGAGACCCUGUAAAAACAGUGGUAGCACAAGAGUUUGUUCACCAAAAUGAGAAUGUCACUUCUCAUACUGCACAGAAGUCUAAGGAGAAAAAGGCAAAGAAAUUGAAAGAGACUGAAGAUAUACCAAGUGAACCAUCUUUCCAGGAUUUUGAGUACCCAGAGUAUGAUGACUACAGGGCAGAGGCUUUCCUGCACCAGCAGAAGAGGAUGGAAUGCUAUAGCAAGGCAAAAGAAGCUUAUCGGAUGGGGAAGAAAAACGUUGCCACGUUUUAUGCCCAACAAGGUAGUCUCCAUGAACAGAAGAUGAAAGAAGCCAAUCACCUUGCUGCUGUGGAGAUCUUUGAGAAAGUCAAUGCCUCCCUGCUGCCACAGAAUGUUUUAGACCUCCAUGGGCUGCAUGUGGAUGAGGCUAUAGAACAUUUGAUGACAGUUUUACAGCAGAAAACUGAAGAAUUUAAGCAGAAUGGUGGUAAGCCCUAUCUUUCUGUGAUUACGGGGAGAGGAAACCACAGCCAGGGAGGAGUUGCUCGCAUCAAACCAGCUGUCAUUAAAUACCUCACAAGCCAUAGCUUCAGGUUCUCUGAAAUUAAACCAGGGUGCUUGAAAGUCAUGCUAAAGUAAAAUAAAUGUCCUUGACUUAAAAGUGUGAAGGUUUGUAGGUUAAAAUUAGUUUUAUUUGCAGUAAUUUAGUCAACUGUACUGUAAAUGUGUGUUUUAUUAGAAGUAAUGUCCAGUUAUAAAACAGAAAAACAUUAUGUUUUUCAAAAUUCAAGAGAAGUUUAAUUUUUUACUGAAUCACAUGCCAAAUAUGUAGUCUAUUAAAAGUAUUAAAGAGAAUUUUUACUGAUUACAAAAUAUCUAAGAAAAUUAUCAGCUGCAGUUUUAAAGAUUGAAAUGCUCUGAUUCUUUCUCAGACAGAAAAUGUAAACUUUAUAUUAAUUGUUGUUUGACAUUUAGUAAAGUCUUAAAGGCUUCUAUGAGAGGUAUUUAAAGUGCUUUGAGACCUGGUUCAUAAUACAAGCCCUUCAAAAGCUUGUAUUUAAAAAAGAAGUACUGGGCUUCCCUGGUGGCGCAGUGGUUGAGAAUCUGCCUGCCAGUGUGGGGGACACAGGUUUGAGCCCUGGUCUGGGAGGG